CGUUGCCCUGACAACAUCGCCAUAGUAUCCGUAGACGCUUCAGAGUGAAGCAUUGUGGGUAACACACACAACCGUUCAACUCGAAGAUGUUCUGAGAAGAAACUCCAAGUUUAAGUGAUUAAAUGAGACAAAUAUGAAGAGUGUUUUCAUCCUCGCUGACAAAGCCUGGGUGGGUUCUGGCCUGCUCUACAAGUGGCAGAAAUCCCUUGGUAAUUACAUCGCUGUUGCAGGGCAGGACAACACAGUGAAAAUAUUUGAUCGACAUGGACACAAGUGGGCUGAGCUCAACCUCACGGGGCGCUGUGUUGGGAUGGACUGGGAUAAGGAUGGGGACAUUUUGGCAGUGAUAGCUGCAAAAUCCAGCUCCAUUUACCUCUGGGAUGCCAGUGGCAAUAAAACAUCCCAAAUAGAUAGCGGCAUGAGAGAUCAGAUGUCCUUCAUCUUGUGGUCAAAGACUGGCCCCCUGUUGGCAGUUGGGACAGUCAAAGGAAACCUGUUGAUCUAUAAUCAGCAGACUUCCCGCAAGAUCCCCGUGCUGGGUAAACACACCAAGAAGAUCACCUGUGGGUGCUGGAGUAGUCAGAAUCUUCUGGCUCUAGGAAGUGACGACAACACGCUAAGCAUCAGCAAUCAUGAGGGCGACACCGUCAGACAGACAACGCUGAGAGGUGAACCUGCAGAAAUUUACUUUUCUGUAAUGAAAACGGAUGAAAGGUCUUCACAAGGAGAGAGCACUGUGAGCGUGUCCGUGGAUAAGAGGAUAUUGAUGCUUUUCAAUUUCAACGACCCUGAGAACCCGAUAGAACUGGCCUUCGAGCGCCGCUAUGGAAACAUCGUGUCCUACCGCUGGUACGGUGAUGGGUAUAUACUCAUUGGAUUUUCCCAUGGAUACUUUGUGGUGAUUUCCACACACAUCAGGGAGAUAGGGCACGAGCUCUAUCAGGCUCACAAUCAUAAAGACAGUCUCAACAGUGUGGCCAUCUCACAAGCACUAAACAAGGCUGCGUCGUGUGGGGACAACAGUAUAAAGAUCCACGAGCUGUCUGAUCUUAAAGACAUCAGCCACAUAGUUCAACUGGACGACGAGACUAAAGGUCUGGAUCAGCUGAGCUGGACAGAUGACGGCCAGCUGUUGGCGGUGUCCACGCAGAAAGGGACACUCCAUGUGUUCCUGACCAAGCUGCCCAUCCUGGGUGACAGCUUCGGUACACGACUGGCUUACCUCACCUCCCUGCUGGAGGUCACCGUCUCCAACCAGGUGGAAGGGGAAAACCCUGUAGCCAUAGAAGUGGAAGUGGAGCCCACAUUCAUUGCAGUGGGACCAUAUCAUGUGGCAGUGGGCAUGAACAACAGAGCCUGGUUUUACGCCCUGGUAGAUCAAGAACCUGGUUAUCACAAGCUGAAGGACAUUGAGUAUUUGGGAACCAUAGCCAACAUGUGCCUCAACGCUGACUACGCUGCAGCUCUGUUUGAGGGAAAAGUUCAGCUCCACAUGAUUGAGGGUAAAGAUCAGGAGGAGAAGAAGCAGAUGAAGCUUUUUCCAGACGACGACAGAAAAGGUCGGAUCCUUUGUCACGCCCUCACCGCCGACUUCCUCUACUACGGCACUGAUUCAGGAAACGUGGUGUGUGUCUUGGUGGAGGACUGGGAGACGGUGAGCAGCUACAGUCACUCCGUUGGUGUGCGGAAAGUGUUCCCCGACCUGAACGGCACCCGGCUGGUGUUCAUUGACGAUAAGAAUGGCGGCUUCCUGUACUCUCCUGCAAACGCGACGGUUUCCUGCUUUGAGCUCCCGAACUUCUCUCCCACCAUCACAGGAGUGUUGUGGGACAACUGGCAUGCGGACAGAGGAGUGUUUGUAGCUUACGACGAGGAUAAGGUCUACACCUACGCCUUACAUAAAACUACUAUAUAUGGGCCCCAGGUGGUGUUGGUGGGCAGCACUGCACUCCUGUUUUCCCAGAAGCCUCUGCUCUUGUACAAUGGUGAGCUGACCUGUCAGACGACAAGCGGUAAAACCAGCGAAGUGGCUCUGAGCACGCACUCGUUCCUCAAGCACGCGACAGGCACGUCGACAAAUUCACCACCAGAGCUCAGCAAGCAGCUCGCACAGACUCUGAUGCUGAAAAGGUUCCACGAGGCCUGGGAUCUGUGUAAGUCCGCGGGCAGUGACGCAGACUGGGCAGAGCUGGGCAAAGCCUGUCUGGUCCACAUGGAGGUUGAACAGGCUAUUCAGGUUUACCGCAUGAGUGGGAACGUGGGAAUGGUGCUGUCCCUGCAGGGCAUCCAGGGUAUAGAGGACAUGAAUUUACUGGCGGGCCACUUGGCGAUGUUUCUUUGUGACUACAACUUGGCACAAGACCUUUAUCUUUCCUCCAACUGCCCAAUUGCUGCCCUGGAGAUGAGAAGAGAACUUUUGCACUGGGACAGCGCUCUUAUGUUAGCCAAGCGGCUAGCGGAAGAUCAGAUUCCCUUUAUAUCCAAAGAAUACGCGGUUCAUCUGGAGUUUAUAGGAGAUUAUGUCAACGCGUUGGCGCACUAUGAAAAAGGAAUGACCCGCAAUAAUAAGUUCCAGGACCACGACGAGGCGUGCCAGGCCGGCGUGGCCAGGAUGUCCAUCAGGAUGGGGGACAUCCGGAGAGGAGCCGCUCAGGCCAUUCAGCACCCGAGCAGACUCCUCAAAAAGGAAUGUGGAGCCAUACUGGAGAGCAUGAAGCAAUUCUCUGAAGCCGCUCAGCUCUAUGAAAAAGGGCAGUAUUAUGACAAGGCCGCUUCAGUCUACAUUCGCUGCAAAAACUGGGCGAAGGUGGGAGAGUUGCUCCCGAACGUCAGCUCUCCAAAGAUCCACCUGCAGUACGCGAAGGCCAAGGAGGCCGACGGGAAGUAUAAAGACGCAGCGCGGGCUUAUGAGAGCGCAAAAGACUGGGACAACGUGAUCCGUGUGCUGCUGGACCACCUCAACAACCCAGAGGACGCCGUUCGCAUCGUGAGGGAGACGCAGAGCAUUGAUGGAGCAAAGAUGGUCGCCAGGUUCUUCCUGCGCCUAAACGACUACGGCUCAGCCAUCCACUUCCUGGUUCUGUCUCAGUGCAACGACGAAGCCUUCCAGCUGGCACAGCAGCACGGGCAGAUGGAGGUCUACGCAGACAUCAUCGGCGCGGAGGCAACGCAGGAGGACUACCAGAGCAUCGCUCUCUACUUUGAGGGAGAGAAGAAACACCUGCAGGCUGGAAAGUUCUUUCAGAAGUGUGGGCAGUACAGCAGAGCCCUGAAGCACUUCCUGAAGUGUCCAAACACUGAGGACAACCUGGCAAUAGAGAUGGCCAUUGAGACGGUGGGCCAGGCCAAGGACACCUCUUUGACCAACCAGCUGAUAGAUUACCUGAUGGGAGAAAGUGACGGUAUGCCCAAGGAUGCAAAGUACCUGUUCCGCCUGUACAUGGCGCUGCAGCAGUACAGGGAGGCUGCUCGCACCGCCAUCAUCAUCGCCAGAGAGGAGCAGUGUGCAGGGAACUACCGUAACGCUCACGACGUGCUGUUCAGCAUGUACACCGAGCUCCAGGCUCAGAAGAUCAAGAUCCCCGCUGAGAUGGCCACUAAUCUGAUGAUACUUCACUCCUACCUGCUGGUGAAGAUCCACGUAAAGAGAGGGGACCACUUAAAAGGGGCGCGCAUGCUCAUCCGUGUCAGUAACAACAUCAGCAAAUUUCCUGCACAUGUCGUUCCCAUUCUGACGUCGGCAGUGAUCGAGUGUCACCGCGCCGGACUGAAGAACUCGGCCUUCAGCUUCGCUGCCAUGUUGAUGAGACCCGAGUACAGAAACGACAUCGACCCAAAGUACAGGAAGAAGAUCGAGGCGAUGGUUCGGCGUCCAGACACGUCGGAGCUGGAGGAAGAAACUACUCCGUGUCCCUUUUGUGGCUUCCAGCUGCCGCAGAACGAGCUGCUGUGCAUUUCCUGCAAGAACAACUUGCCCUACUGCAUCGCCACGGGCCGUCACAUGCUGAAGGAAGACUGGUCCAUCUGUCCUCACUGUGAAUUUCCCGCCCUCUACUCGCAGUUAAUCCUGUUACUAGAGAGUGAGACCGUGUGUCCUAUGUGCUCUGAGAGUCUGAGCGUCAAACAGGUGAAGAAGAUCUCUGAUUGCUCCAAAUACCUGCAGAGCGACGAACCGGAUCAGUGACGUCAACACGUAAGCCUAACGUCAACCAAACAGACCAAACAAACCAACAAAAAAAUGUAUAUUUGAUGAAACUGUAUAUUUAAGCUAAAGAUAAUUUGUAAUCACACUUUUGUAUCUAUAAUUGUAUGUCUUACACAGCGCCCCCUAAAGGCCACAGUGGGUAAUUACAUCUUUUUCUGACUUAACCAGCGCAGACCGACAUUACUCUGAUAGAGUUGACUGUUAGCUGAUGCAUGUUUUUAAGACUGUGACACAUAUUACAGCUUUAAACCACAGGAAACAUAAACACUAUCACAAAUGUAGUCCAGUAAGAAAAAGAAAACACCACUGUCACCUGGAGAGAGUCCUGUACUGCUACAAUAACCUGUUUCAUGUUUGUAAAAAAAAUGUUUUUUUAUUAGCCAUGAUGUGAAUGUUGAAUAUAAAACCAGUGAAGAUAAAACAAAAUAUAUUUCUGUACCAGAAUGAGCUUUGUGACUAUAGGAUUAACCUUCAGUAAUUUAUUGUCAUUAAUUUGUAAUAUUUUCACUGAGUCUAUGAUUAAAUAAAAAAAAAAUAAGGAAAGAUGGCAUAAUUUUUUUCCCUGGAGCUCAAGCUGAUGCAUUCAAAUGUCUUUGUUUGUUUAGUUUAAAAUCUACUGUGAUUGAAGUGAAGGUCAGUUCUUGAGAGGCUGAACAUUUUUUGUUGCUCUUGGUUUGAAUACUGAUUUAGUUUGUUCCGAGAUGUUCAUGGUUGUUUCUCAUUCAGGUUUGUAUCUGGCAGCUUUGUGUAAGACAAUUAUUCAUUUCUGUAUCAGAUUAAAUAAUAUAUUUAUACAUAUUUUGAGAUUUAAAGAACUUCUUGACCCCUCACGUUUGUUUUUGUCAGCUACAUUUUCCAAAGCUAAAAGGAACUUUGACUCUCCACGUCUUAUUUUAAUGUUUUAAAGAGACGGCGACAUGAACACUUCACAGGUCACUGGAGAAUUAGAGCCUCAUUUGUCAGUAGCGUUGCUGUAAACAGCCUCAGCAUCAUUUGACACCUUCAGUGAGGACGAAUACUGAGCGAUUGUGUUGUCUGAGAAGAGAUCUAAACAUAACAACCUGUACAAACCAUCCUUAUAACAGUAAACUACACAUAAAACUAAAAAUAAAAAACUCCAAGCCGACACUCAUGAGCAACAUAUUUCUCUAUUACACCUCAUGACAUUUUUUUUUUCCUUUACAAAAUUGCAAUUUACAAGAGACAGAUCCUCGGUUCUAACCGUAGAGCAAAGGCAUCGCUGUAGUAAAAAGUAACAGUCUUCUACGUCAGCGCUAUUUA